CCAACCAGGUGCAGGCCGGCGGGAGAGGAGGACGCAUCUCUUCUUCCGGCGCCCCACCAUGGGCAAUACCUCCAAUGACUCCCGGCCGGAGAACUGCGAUACUCGACAGUGGCUCCCCUCCGGCGAAAGCCCAGCCAUCAGCUCCGUGAUGUUCUCGGCCGGGGUGCUGGGGAACCUCAUCGCGCUGGCGCUGCUGGUGCGCCGCUGGCUGGGGGACUCGGGGCGCAGCGCCGGCCGCGGGAACUCCAUCUCGCUGUUCCACGUGCUGGUGACAGAGUUGGUGUUCACCGACCUGCUCGGGACCUGCCUCAUCAGCCCUGUGGUGCUGGCUUCGUAUGCGCGGAACCAGACCCUGGUGGCCCUGGAGCCCCAGAGGCGCGUGUGCACCUACUUUGCCUUCGCCAUGACCUUCUUCAGCCUGGCCACCAUGCUCAUGCUGUUCGCCAUGGCCCUGGAGCGCUACCUAGCCAUCGGACACCCCUACUUCUACCAGCGCUGGGUCACGUGCCGUGGUGGCCUGGCUGUGCUGCCCGCCAUCUACACAGUCUCCCUGCUCUUCUGCUCCCUGCCGCUGCUGGACCACCGGCAGUACGCCCAGUACUGCCCCGGGACGUGGUGCUUCAUCGGGCAUGAGCAGACCACGUACCUGCGGCUCUACGCCACCUUGCUGCUGCUGCUUAUCAUCGCGGUGCUCGCCUGCAACUUCAGCGUCAUCCUCAACCUCAUCCACAUGCAUCGCCGGGGCAGGAGAAGCCGCUCCGGACCCUCCUUGGGCAGCAGCCGGGGGGGCCCUGGCAGCCACAGGAAAGGGGAAAGGGUAUCCAUGGCGGAGGAGACGGACCAUCUCAUUCUCCUGGCUAUCAUGACCAUCACCUUCGCCGUCUGCUCCUUGCCUUUCACGAUUUUUGCAUAUAUGAAUGAAACCUCUUCCCGGAAAGAAAAGUGGGACCUCCAAGCUCUUAGAUUUUUAUCAAUUAAUUCAAUAAUUGACCCUUGGGUCUUUGCCAUCCUGAGGCCUCCUGUUCUGAGACUAAUGCGUUCAGUCCUCUGUUGUCGGGUUUCAUUAAGAACACAAGAUGCAACACAAACUUCCUGUUCUACACAGUCAAAUGCCACUAAAUAGGUUGACCUUUGAGGAUGGUAGUUAAGAAGUGCUUAGUUAGCCAGCAUCUGGAAGAUCAUUUUGAAAUGGUUCCUUGGAGAAAUGGAAAAAAGUUAGUUUAUAAAUACAAUGAAGCUACCCUAAUAAAACAGAGUAAACAAACUUUUCAGCAGUGGUUUGGGCUACAGACAUGCUGACAAGGCACUUCGUGGAAGGUAUCGGAAGGAUCUAUAAAACCUACCCUCAAAGAGCAUGUUCCCUGGCCUUUAGAGGAACAACGAAUUGCAUUUAAGAUCCAGUGCCUUUUGAUUUAAGCUUUCCUGUUGAAUGAGAAAGCAUGUAGCUUUGUAAUUUGUUUAAAACCGUAAAUAGUUACUGUGUUUUCUAUUUUAAUCUUCUAGGCUAGUACCAUUAUAAACAUACAGUGUACAGUCAGACCAGAUAAAACUUCUUACGUAUUCUCUAGGAAGUGGAUAUGUGCAAGCAACCAAGCCUGGUGUCUUGUGAUCAUCCUUUCUUUGGACAAUGAGUCUGAAAAUCAUAGGUACUUUGUACUGUAUGUUUAUGUAUGUGGGAGUACUCUCUUUUUACAACAGUAUUACUCAGUAUUACUGAGUAGGCUCAGC